AUUAGUUUCUCAUUUUGAAUAAUAUAUUAAAUUUACCAUAUUAUCUGUGGCGCAGGUUGGGAGUGUUGAGUUGUCGUUUUACAGUCUUUAAGCGUGAGAGCUGCAAGAAACGCCAUCAGAUUCCUUCUAAAGUUUAUUUGCCAAAAUAUCCAUUGAGCUAAAUAGAUCACCGCUUCAUCUCUCCUCUAAAUUACUUCAAUCUCGUAGCUAAUUUUGUUGUGAUGAAAAUCUGAAACCUCGAUAAAUCUGGAAUAAGUUUCUGUUUGAUCUGAAGAAAAAGGGAAUCUUCCUUAAGGUUUUCUAUGCAGGAGAAAUGAAAAUCAGAUCGUUGCGUCAACCGCCACCUAAACUUGUUCUAUUACCAACUCUUGUUAUUAUCGUUUCCUCAACAUGUUUGUUAGGUAUCCUCACAAACCUCCAAACCUUAUCAUAUCUUCUCCGUCCUCUCUGGGACAAACCGCCACCACCUUUCAGACGAAUCCCUCAUUACUACGCCGAGAACGUCUCCAUGGCCCACCUCUGCAAUCUCCACGGAUGGACCCCCAGGACGGAACCAAGGCGAGUCUUCGACGCCAUCAUCUUCAGCAACGAGCUCGACCUCCUAGAGCUCAGGUGGCAGGAGCUAGGACCAUACGUUUCAAAAUUCGUAAUUCUUGAAUCCAAUACCACCUUCACAGGCAUCCCUAAGCCUCUCUUCUUCGACUCCAACAAGGAGAGGUUCGCCUUCGCCCAGGGUAAGAUAGUGCACGGAGUCUUCCCCGGGAAGAAGCGUUUGCACCACGACCAACAACAAGAAGACCCUUUCUUGCUCGAAGGCCAGCAGCGCGUGGCUAUGAACUGGCUCCUCAGGGAAGCUAAUGUAUCCGAUGGAGACGCGGUGAUAAUGUCGGAUGCAGAUGAGAUCCCCAGCCCUCACACCGUGAAGUUCUUACAGUGGUGCGACGGGAUACCGGAUGUGAUGCAUCUGGAGAUGAGGGAUUACAUGUAUUCCUUCGAGUUCCCGGUCGAUUACAGCAGCUGGAGAGCGUCUGUGCAUAUAUACAGCAGGAAAUGGACUCACUACCGCCACUCACGACAGACGGACUUGAUACUGUCCGACGCCGGGUGGCAUUGCAGCUUCUGUUUCAGACGUCUCAGCGAGUUCGUUUUCAAGAUGAAAGGGUAUAGCCAUGCGGAUAGAGUGAAGCGCAAGGAGUUUUUGGACUACUCCAGGAUACAGAAACAUAUAUGUAAAGGAUAUGAUCUCUUUGACAUGCUUCCUGAAGAGUACAGCUUCAAAGAUUUGAUUAGCAAAAUCGGACCCAUCCCUCCUUCUACAUCCGCUGUACAUCUGCCUGCGUUUUUGAUUCAGAAUGCUGCCCGCUUUCGCUUUCUCCUACCAGGAGGAUGUCUCAGAGAGCCUUAGCUAAAGUGAGGAUCUUAGUACAAAUAGAGAAGCAAUGGUUUCUUGUAAAAAAAAAAGAGAUUUUUGGCGUCAAACCAACAUAAUCCCAAAAACAAAAAAUAAAUAGAUCGUUAUUACACCAUCA